UGAUAGAUGAAUGUCAAAUGGGCUUAGCUGAUUGUGAUCCGAAAGCAAUUUGCACAGAUAUGACGCAUGAUUACACAUGCAAAUGUCCGCAUGGUUUUGCAGACAAAUCACCGGAUCCGGUUAACAAGCCUGGCCGAGUUUGUUCUAAGUUAAUUAAUUCGUGUGAUUCACCGAACUUUACGGGAUGCCAAUCGAAAGAAUCGAAAUGUGUUGGGACUAAAGAUGGUUUCGUAUGUCGUUGUAUUGAUGGUUAUAUCGAUUUGAAUCCUUCAAAUCCUGGAACAAAUUGUUCUAAAGCAGAGAAUCUAUCGGUAUCUUUGAUCGAGAUAGACGGGGGAAAGAGUGAGAAAAGAAUAGACGAAGUGGUAGAAUUAGGAAAAUAUACCUAUGGAAAACGGCGAUACAAGGAAAGGUCAACGAAAUGGCCGGUUCAUUUAGUCCGUUCACCCGUCUGUAACCGCGAUUUGUUAGCACAUCAAAAAGGAUUGUCAGAGGUCGAGAGUUGGGCAUAA